CAACCAGCCCAUCCUUUUGGCUACGUUUCAGACCAGUUUGGCCGAUCUUCUCUAUCCGGUAACUUAUUGCAAACGGUUGCUGCCCGGAGUCGACGUCGAUCUGCUCAUGGACCCGACCAAGUAUUUCCCCGGUAUUAUAGCGCCUAAAAUCGAAAUUUCCACGAAAACGGUGAUAGAAGAGGUGAAAACGAUUUACGACGCGAACCUCGACAGGCCGUACAUCGUCAGUCCGAAAACCAUCGAUUCCAAGCAAAAAUCCCACGCUCACAGGAAACGACCCGUCAAAGGUAUCAUCAGGCAGAGGAAGGUUUGUCAUAGUCGAACCAAGACGAAAGCUCAAGUUUGCCAUCUCACACAGUGUCGAAACGAUCCGUGUAACCACGUGGAAUACUCGUGCGAAGGCGAACUCGCUCGGACCGAUCGGUGUUACCAUCCGAUGAAAUACGGAUCAAAGUGUCGGAACGAUAUUUACCUCGAUACCGAUACCGACACAGAAUUCGAUGUGCCGCCAAGACACUACCGGGUAUCCUCCGUUUGUGGCAACCUACACAUCUUCGACAGCUGCCCCGUCUGUUUCAAGUACAAAUGUUACUUUUCCAACGAAUGCGACGGCAGAAUCUCUCCCGACAAUCCCGCUCAUCCGCAAAAAGAUCGUUCGAUGUCGCAACAACGGAUCUCUACAGGAUUACGAUCAACGUCUCGUCCGUGUUACGGAGAGAAAGGUAAAGUCGCGUUGCACGGCAAAAGAUAGCAAGUAAAACGCACAAGAUCCAUUGCCUGUUAACCAUUUUCGUUAGUGAAAUGAAAUUACCAAGAGAGAAGAAAAACAACGAGACAACGCUUUAUUACAUCGUAUACGCGUGACAAAGGGGGGAAAAGGAGCAAAGUUCUUGCAAAAGAUCGCGAUAGUUUUACAAAAUUAUGUACUUACGCAGAACCGAGACAUUCGGUGUAAACGUACGUGAGAAUAAAGUGCUGAAUGAUUCUGAUAACGUAA